CGCACUGGAUGUCAGUCUGGUGUGUAGUGGUGGUGUACCUCGGAAUAAAAUUGUAGCAGACGUAAUCGAAAGUUUGUCUCUCGUGAGUUAUUGCUGUAAAUUAACAGAAUGCUGGUGCGUGACAGGAUUUUUCGUGUUCUGAUAUUUCUAAAAUUGUGUUGUUUAGUAUGUUGCUAUAAAUCGGACAUCAUGAUCACUGAUGAGGGUAUUGUUACGCGCGAUCACAAUUCAAUAUUGAAAGUUAAUAGAAGCAAUGGAAUUUCACGAAAUGUGGAUAAUUUGCUGAAAGAGUGUGAAGACUACUGGGUUUGCUUUACACACAGAAUGUUAAAUAACAUAAGCGAUAUAAUGAAGACAAAUAAUUUUCAUUUGACAGAAAGUAUUUCCUUAAAUCGUAUACCGGUACACAGAAACAAAAUGGAGAAUGAAAUUAUGUCUGUUUACGACGAACAGAAAAAGUUAAUAGCAAGUGCAGGUAAAGGCUAUGGACAGCUGACGGCGGCCCUUAUAAACAGUACACUAAAACUUUUUAGAACACAUUUUUUAACGUGGAACGUACUACCUGGAGUGAGUCUUAGGGUUUACCGAAACCUGGAACAUGAUGGUGCUUUGGACGCUGCAGUGGAACUUCAAGAAAGCAAACAAGGAAGUCGGACGUUCGGAGCACGACGUAGGAUUAUGAUGGCUCUACUGCCCAUGAUGUACAAGAUGGGAGUUAUGACAACAAUGCUUGGUGGCCUCAUAAUUCUGGCACUUAAGGGCCUCACAAUUGGUGUCAUUCUACUCCUGCUUGGAUUUGGAAACUUCUUCCAUAAAUUUAAGAGUCAGGGACCUCCUUGGUAUCCUCAUCACCCAACCGAUAUCCAUGUUCAUGUCCAUACAGAUGGACAUAAACAAGCAUAUAGUGGCUGGCACUAUGGCCCUGUGUCAGCAGAUCAUUCAGAAGUGUACGGAGAAUAACUUUCUUAUGUCAAAAAGUGAUGCCAUGUGAGUGACUUUAAACAAAGUUUGAAAAAAAAAGAAAAAGAAAAAAAUAU